AUGCGAAGUCAAUUUGUAUUGGGGUAUAUGAAAGGGGUUUAUGCUACAGGAGUAAGUCUUUCCAACAAGCCAUUAGAGCUUCUUAUGGGGCAGGACUAA